GCCCUGAUACGUUAAAUGGGCUUUGCCGUCGCUGACACUACCAAGAGACCGAUGAAUUUCAAUACAUUUGGACACAGCAAAGGGGAAGCUCAAGCUGGCACCUGCGCUGUCACAAACUGGCAACUCUGUCACUCUAUUACGCGAGGGGUGUCAGUGUCGCGGCUGACGGACGAACACGUGGUAGUGCGUUCCUAUGCGAGGGUGAACAAUAUUGCACGUGUUUGGUGUUUGAUAGACGACAGAAUUUCUCUUGCUGCCAUUCAAAAUAAUCCACAAGAAUUGGCACUUCUGUUCUAUAUGGAGAACAAAGGAUUCAACGGUGAGAAACAGGAUUCCUAUGAACUGAAGGACUCCCCACAGAAAAGAAACGAGAUCGCGCCCGUCUGCCCCUGCGAAGAGAGCCAGACGAACUGCUCCUGCAGGGGAUCGAAGGAAGCCAAACCUAAGAUUGAGGUGCUCUCGUGGACGAGUUCGAAGGGCUGGAUCCUGCUUGCUGUGGGAUUUUGCUUCGGAGUCUGGAUGGCAGUUUUCUUCACGUUGUUUGCACUUGGGAUGGUUUAGAAAACAAAGUUACUGAAUUUCAGGAAGAAGAGAGGACAAAUGCAUGUGGAAGUGAACUGUU